AUGUCUGGUGCACGGAAUGUAGUUGAUAUCGUGAACUUUGUUAACAAUAUACCGCUGAUAACCCGUAUUGAACCACGUACUGGUGACACUCUUCUCAAAGUUCCUGCGAGCACUUUCGUCCUCAAAAUGAUAGAGAAAUGCGUCAUGGUCUUUGCUGCACGGAAAUAUCGGUGCGUACGAUUUUUUCACAACAGAGUGCUCAGUGAAAGCAUGUUCAACCUGCUCGCGGCCAGAGAGGGCGAACACUUUUCGGAAUGUGCUGAUCGGAAGCACUCAUCACGAACUCGUCUGCGCAUAACAUAA